CCCAGAGGGGCCAGAUCGGCCUGCUUGUGAUCCCUAACUCCACAGCUUCUCCACAGGCACCAUGAUGGGUGUUCAGGGCCUGACCCUACAAAGCUACCUGAUCCUAGGAGUCUUGCUAUCCCUUGCCCACUGUGAACAUGUGUUCCUUGACCAGCGGCAGGCACUUUCUGUGCUCCAGAGGGUCCGGCGGGCCAACAGAGGCCUCCUGGAGGAAAUGCGAGCUGGAAACCUGGAGCGCGAGUGUCUGGAAGAGCAGUGCAGCUAUGAAGAGGCCUUCGAAGCUCUGGAGUCCACCACAGCUACGGAUGCAUUCUGGGCCAAGUACAAAGUUUGUGAACCUGUGAGGACAACCUCAAGAGUCAUUUUCGAUGCCUGCCUAGAAGGAAACUGUGCAGAGGGCAUAGGGUCCAAUUACCGGGGAAACAUCUCCAUCACCAAGUCUGGGAUCCCGUGCCAGCUCUGGAGGAGUCGCUACCCACACAAGCCAGACCUUAACUCCACCACACACCCUGAUGCUGACCUCCGGGAAAAUUUCUGCCGAAACCCAGAUGGCAGCUCCACUGGACCCUGGUGCUACACCAGUGACCCCACUCUGCGGCGAGAAGAGUGCAGCAUCCCCAUCUGUGGAAAGGACAACAGCUUCACUGUGCCUCUGACCCCAAGAAACCCCAACCCGGUGGCACCGAGGACCUCGCAGUCUUGUGUCCCUGAUGAGGGCCGGAAGUACCAAGGAAACCUUGCUGUCACUGUGUCCGGGGCCCCCUGCCUGCCCUGGGCCUCUGAGCAGCUGAAGCCGCUUCUCAAGGAGAACAAUUUUGACCCUGCUGUGUCCCUGGAUGAGAACUACUGCCGAAAUCCUGAUGGUGAUGAGGAGGGCCUCUGGUGCUUUGUGGCUGGGAACCCCAUUGGUCCGGAGUACUGCCAGACCACCUAUUGCGACAGCCCCGUGGAUGAGGUGGAAGGAGACUUGGAGCCGCCGCCAGAGACCAUCGAGGGCCGGAGCACACUUCAGGAUUACCAAGUGUUCUUUAACGAGAAGACCUUUGGUGCCGGAGAAGCAGACUGUGGGAUUCGGCCCCUGUUUGAGAAGAAGAGCCUGCAGGACAACAGCGAGCAGGAGCUGCUGGAUUCUUACAUUGGUGGGCGCAUCGUGCAUGGGGAUGAUGCCGAGCUGGGCACUGCUCCUUGGCAGGUGAUGCUUUUCCGGAAGACCCCUCAGGAACUGCUCUGUGGGGCUAGUCUCAUAAGUGACCGCUGGAUCCUCACCGCUGCCCACUGCCUCUUCUACCCGCCGUGGGACAAGAACUUCACAGUGGACGACCUGCUAGUGCGCAUUGGCAAACACCAUCGCUCCAGGUAUGAACGUACCAUGGAGAAGAUUGCGAAGCUGGAGAAGAUUCUGAUCCACCCCAAAUAUAACUGGAAGGAGAAUUUGGACCGAGACAUCGCCCUGCUGAAGCUAAAACAACCCAUCCCCUUCACUGACUACAUCCAUCCAGUGUGCCUGCCCUCCAAGGACAUCGUCCACAAGUUAUUCCUGUCUGGGCACAAAGGGAGGGUCACUGGCUGGGGCAACCUUAGGGAGUCGUGGACCUCCUUGAGAGACAACCUGCCCACUGUCAUGCAGAAGAUCAACCUGCCCAUUGUAGAACAGGCCAUUUGCCGGGCCUCCACCCGGAUCAAAAUCACAGACAACAUGUUCUGCGCAGGGUACCAACCUGACGAUGAGAAACGAGGGGAUUCCUGCGAAGGAGACAGCGGGGGGCCUUUUGUGAUGAAGAGCCCUUUUGACAAUCGCUGGUACCAAAUGGGAAUCGUGUCCUGGGGUGAAGGCUGUGACCGGGAUGGGAAAUAUGGCUUCUAUACUCAUGUUUUCCGUCUGAAGAAGUGGAUACAGAAAACCAUCGAUCGAUCUGGACUUUAGGGGCCUCCUGUAAGGCCCUAUCCCUGUUCCCGAGCAAGGAGCAUGAACUGAAGAGGCCUUCCCCCCUCCUCAACGAAGUGGAAAGGUUUUGUGUUGGUUUUUUAUUUCUAAAAUAUCUAUUUCCCAAUAAAAGUCUUUCCCUCUAUGA